AUGGACAAGCUCUUUGGCCGCCAGGCCGUGGUGUGCAACCGCGACAACUGCUUCCGUGCUGUCAUCGGCUUCCAGCCCGGGCCGGCGGUGGCGAAGGCGAAGCGCGAGAAGCUGGAGGGCCGACAGGCCUCGUCGGCCACCAACGAGGCCGCCACAGCGUCGUGCGCCCCCUCUCAGAGCCUCCCGAGCAGCAUACCGGCUUGCAUCGACACGGCCUUCAUCCUGCGAGGGUCGGGUGACAGGAGCGUGUACGUGACGGUCGUCGACAAGGCCGGGCAGAUACGCAACUCCGACAGCCCGGAAAAGACCCUCGUCGACUACUACUAA